AUGAGAAUAGGCCCCGCUCUCGCCUCGCGCAGGCACCAGCGGACAACGGGAGCCCUGCGGAGCCGCCCCCGCCUCGAGACCGCCGCACACCACCCGGCCCGAACCGCCCCACUGCCCGCAUGGAGCGCACCACCGAGCCCGAGCUGGCUGGGAUGCCGAGAGGCGGAGGGCGCAUGGUCACCAGCCCGCAGCACGGAUUCGGAUUCGGGCGAACAGAGCGAGGGCAAGCCCGUGACUGCCGCAGGUCCCGAUGUCUUCAGUUCAAAGAGCCUUGCUCUUCAAGCCCAGAAGAAGAUUCUGAGCAAAAUAGCCAGCAAAACAGUGGCCAACAUGUUGAUUGACGACACUAGCAGUGAGACCUUUGAUGAGCUCUACAAGGUCACCAAAGAGCACACCAACAACAAGAAGGAAGCCCACAAGAUCAUGAAGGACAUUAUCAAGGUGGCCAUCAAGAUUGGGAUCCUCUACCAAAACAACCAGUUCAACCAGGAGGAGGUGGCCAUUGUGGAGAAGUUCAGGAAGAAGCUGAACCAGAUAGCCAUGACCAUCGUCAGCUUCUACGAGGUGGAAUAUGCCUUCAAUAAGAACGUGCUCUCCAAGCUUCUGCACGAGUGCAAGGACCUGGUACAUGAACUGGUGCAGCGACACCUGACGCCCAGGACCCACGGGCACAUCAACCACGUGUUCAACCACUUUGCCGACGUGGACUUCCUCUCCACCCUGUAUAGUCUGGAGGGAGACUGUCGGCCAAGCCUCAAGCGGAUUUGUGAGGGCAUCAAUAAAUUGAUAGACGAGAAGGUCCAUUGA